AUGGGAGGCCAGAAUAUCUCGCCUCACGACACUUCAGAUCCUUCAGCACGUGGUCGACGACGAAGUCGUUCACCCGAAAAUGAUGGUCCUGAACAGGAUAUAAAAGCCGAAGGAAACCAAGAUGGCCCAAAUGGAGCAUCAUCCGCCUCAGACGGUCCAGGUCCUGCCAGAAAACGAAGACGCAGUCGGAAAGGCUUGGACAAGAGGGGAGAUCUUCUCAAAAGACAUAUGGACCGACAUGCAGCGAAAGGCUCACAGCUUAAUCAAAGAGAUACCAUGGCCGGGCACAUGGCGUCACCUAUUGCUCCCGGACAACCCCCCAGUUUCAGUCGGAACAACUCCAUCGACUACGGAAGACCGCAACAAACGAAUGCGCCCUAUCAACCACCUCAAGUUCCAACACCCAGUCCUUACUCGCCCAUGGGCAAUGCUCCAACUGGGAUGUAUCAAAACGGCAAUGUGCCUAAUGGCAUGGAUAGCUACAUGUCCCCAACCCAGGGAUACGAUAAUCGUACGCCACAGCUUAGCCAACCCCAGUCACCUUCAGUGUCCCAAAGACCUUCCAUUUCGGCCGGCAAUUCACAAUACAACGUAAUGUCCCCCGUUGCUAACCAACAAGGCUUUUCGAAUCAACAUCAACAAAACAUGGGACAGAACAACUUCGUCAGCCAGCAGAAUGUAAUGCCUAUGAAUCUGCCUCCGGCUCAGUACUCCAAUGGACAGAAUUCUACUGCCGUUACUUCGGCCGAGUAUUCCGAGCCAGGCACUACCCAGGCCACCGAGAUGAUGAUGCUUGACCAGAUGGCCAUGCCCGCGACUGUCCCUGUCUUUGGAGAGGGUGGCGAUUUGAAUAAGUCACCUUACGUCGGAAUGCCCGAGGAUUUUAUGGCGUAUCUCUUCAACUCUCCAAGCCAGGCUAUGACUCCUGUUAUGGGACCCAACUACACCAAUUAUGCGGAAUUGCAAGGCAAUCAGUUCAACAUGUCUCUUCUGGGUACUGACAGUAACUCGCUCGGCUAUUUCCCAACUGCUCCCCAGCAGGUUAUGGCUGUCAACAAUCUUCUCGAUCAACAGGUUCCUGAAGCUACGAUAUCCGAGGAGAAGAGUCAAGAGCUGUUCGAUUUUAUCAAAGAACGAUUUCACGAUAAUAAACAUGCUCCUCCUGAUCGCCAGUGGGUCGAUCUACUGGAGGGCGAUCGCUCGAACGGCGGCCACAUGCUUAGCAAGAGAAUGAUGCAGGCCUAUAUCGGUUCUUACUGGUACCAUUUUAGUGACCAGAUGCCCAUUCUUCAUAAGCCUACAUUCUCGCCUGACAAGACUCCCAAUCUUUUGUUACUUGCCAUGAUGGCUAUUGGAGGUGCUUGUCUCGAUCGAACUCACGGGCACAAGGUGACAAGAGCGAGUGCCAAGCUGUCCAACUUCCUUGCCUGGCAUCUUCGUUGGGAUAUCUUCAUGGAUGUCAACUUCAGACCGCCUGCCAAACUAUGGAUCUUCCAAGCUUUAAUCCUACUUGAACUUUACGAGAAAAUGUUUGCUACAAGAGAACUCCACGAAAGGGCCCACAUCCACCACGCUACCACGAUAACUUUAAUGCGAAGGGGACGGUCCCUGAUCGGCAAAUCUGCAUUGGAUUCCCCGCCAAACCCCCGCGAUGGGUCCAACGGUUCCCGACAGUCCUCCACCUCCAGCGCCACUGGAACAGCCGAUAAGUGGUGGGAGCAUUGGGUCACCAAUGAGGCGACCAGGCGUGCGGCAUUCGCUGCAUUCAUCGUUGAUUCGAUUCAUGCCACAAUGUUCGGCCACUCAGCGGUCAUGGUCGCUCAUGAAAUGCGACUGCCUCUUCCCUGUGAUGAGUCUAUGUGGAGAGCAGGAAGCAGCUCCGAAGUCUGGAGAAUUGAGUCAAACUUGAUGUCGAACGGUAUCAAGCCGACUUCGUUCUUGGAAGGUCUCAAGCGAACACUGAGCGGCCAAGAUGUUCACACAACUUCCUUCGGCAGAACCGUUCUCAUGACAGGUCUCUUGAGUGUGUCGUGGCAUAUGCACCAGCGAGAUCUUCAGGUCAACGUUUUGGGUGGUGGUAUUAUCCAAGCUUUGGGUGGUCGUGAUCGAUGGCGAGCUACUCUGACUCGAGCAUAUGACACUUGGAAGGCGGAUUUUGACAAGCAUCUAGAGCGAAACGAAGCAGCCGACCCUUACCAGGAUGAUGCUACUAAGCGACAAGAGUUCAAUGUUGUAUUCGAAAGCCGCACAGUUUUGCAUCAUCUGGCUCAUAUGGCCAUGCAUGCCGACAUUGUCGACUGCCAGAUGUUUGCUCGGGCAAAGCGUCUGCUUGGCAGAACUAUUGGGCCUCAAGAAUUCAACAGUGCUCAGAGGCGAAUCAAAGACCACUGGGCGCAUUCUGCAAGAGCAAGAGAUGCUGCCUUUUACGCGAUCAAGUUCCUGUGCUCCGUUCUGGCUCCUGACCAAGUCUCUCCAGCGCACGCCGGUGGCUAUCAUCUCGAUGAACCUUAUGACGCUCGAGACGACGUUCUUCUGAACCGACCUUGGGUCAUGUACUUUGCUGCGCUGGUUGUAUGGAGUUACGGAUUUGCACUGGAGGGCCCUUGCCCGAAUAUUCCAUUGCCAACCAACAAGCAGGAGAAGUUGCAUCACAUGAGGAAUUAUUUUAUAAAGUUCGGCACAAUCGAGGAUCCGUCCGACCUGCAGAACAGAGUCGGCUUCAACUCGAAUACGGCUCUUCUCAUGGUUCUCAAAGAUACCUUCGAGACAACACGCUGGGAGCUUCUCCAUGAAGCCGCUACUCUGUUGAACAACUGCAUUGUUUUAAACCAGGGUGGCACAAUUGCCUGA